AUGGCUGAUGCACCUCCACCUACUCCGUCCGAGCUACUUCGGAUGGUAACCGAGCUUCAGCAAGCAAAUCAGCGCAUGGCAGAGGCAAAUCAACGUAUGGCUGAGGAAAAUCAAAGAAUGCAGCAGCAAAUUCAGCAAAUAGCCAACGCCCGACUCGAACAUAACGACAACCGUCAUGGAGGAAACGCCAAUGACGAGAAUCAAUCUCAGCCGACACAUGUUUCGGAGACUCCCCAGGAUGAGGAGGAAGGGGAUCCUCACAACAAUGAAGCCUCACUGAAAGACGAGGGAGAGGAGCCUGACAACUCGGCAAGACCUUUCACAGCUGAUAUCAUGAAUUUUCAACUACCCCGGCAAUUUACAUUGCCAACGACUUUGAAUCCGUAUGAUGGCUUAGGCGACCCAAAGCAGCACAUCAAAAAGUUCCGAUCUAUCAUGAUCGUUAACGGUGCAUCCGAUCCUAUUCUAUGUCGUUGUUUUCCCUCCUUUUUAGAUGGUCCUGCACUUGACUGGUUUUGCUCUUUGCCUGCAGAUUCAAUUUCACGCUUCCAGGAGUUAGCAAAGCAGUUUGAAGAUCAUUUCGCGGCAUCAGCGAUAUAUCUGCAUGAUUCCGACUACCUAACGACUGUAAAGCAAGGUCCUCAGGAAAGUCUGAAAGACUACAUCACCCGCUUUACAAAGAUAGCCAUGCGCAUACCCGACCUUCAUCCAGAAGUUCAUCUUCACGCCAUCAAAAGGGGCCUUCGACCAGGAAAGUUUCAAGAAGCCAUUGCCGUAGCCAAGCCGAAGACUUUGGCCGAGUUUCGAGAAAAGGCAAAAGGGCAAAUAGACAUUGAAGAGCUUCGUCAAGCUCGCAAAGCGGAAAAGUCGGCAGCUAUUAAAGAAGAUGAUAAGCCUCGGGACAACAAGAAGACUUUCAGACCAACCCCUCGCUAUGAAACCUACACUCAGUUUAACACGAAAAGAGAUGAUAUUAUUAAGGAAAUUUUGAAUUCCAAGCUGAUUAAACCUCCUCGCAAAGCUGGCAGUUAUCCCGAGCCGAAGAAUAUAGACAAAUCCAAAUACUGCACAUUCCAUCAGAAGUAUGGUCACACAACCGAUGAGUGUGUGAUCGCCAAAGACCUUUUAGAACGUUUAGCAAGACAAGGACAUCUUGAUAAAUAUAUCUCAGGCCACAUGCAGAAAAGAUCCGCUUCCAUUUCAGAUCCACCCCCUGUAGGACCAUCAUCAUCAUCAAAAGAUAAGGAAAAGGCACCGGCUCAGCCCAGGGGUAUAAUUAAUUGCAUCUCGGGCGGUUACGCCGGAGGUGGACAAACAAGCUCGGCAAGAAAACGGACAUACAUGGCCAUGCUAGCACUGGGAAAUUCCAGAGAUGACAAUCCCCAGCCAUUGCAAGAGAUUCCAGAGAUGACAUUUUGCCCAACCGACUUUAACUGCAAGGAUACCAACCUAGAUGACCCUGUCGUCAUCUCUCUUCAGUUGGGCGACUUAAUAGUUCGGAAAGUGCUGCUAGACCCAGGCAGCAGUGCUGAUGUGCUAUUUUUUACAACAUUUGAAAAAAUGAAAUUAAGUACUAAUAUUUUGCAGCCAUCUGCAGGGGACUUGGUAGGAUUUUCCGGGGAACGCGUUCCAGUGAUGGGAUCAGUGUGGUUACAAACCACACUCGGUGAGCAGCCUCUAUCUAAAACACAUGACAUCCAAUAUCUUGUUGUAGACUGUUUCAGUCCCUAUAACCUUAUCUUAGGAAGACCUUUUUUAAAUAGAUUUACUGCGAUUGUAUCCACUGUUCAUCUCUGUGUCAAGUUUCCCGUGCAGGACAAUAUUGUAGCCACAAUCCAUGGUGAUUUACAAGAAGCUCGGCAUUGUUAUAAUACAAGCCUAAAACCUAUCAGGAAGAGUUCCGAACGACGUAUAAACUCCAUCACUUCUGAACAACCAACAUUAGCCGAGCUUGACCCUAGAGCCGACUUUCAAGAUCGUCCUCUGCCAAAUGAAGAGCUAACAAAGAUUAUGUUAACUGAUGACCCAAUGAAAUUCACUUUCAUAGGAACCUCGGCAAAAGACAAAGAACGGGAGGAGCUCAUCCGUUUUUUACAGAAGAACGCCGAUCUUUUUUGCCUGGACAUCUGGAGACAUGCCAGGCAUUGA